GCGGGCCAGCUGUCCCAUCGCCGAUCAAUUGAAAACCUCGGUUGGAAGCAGCUGCGGUACCAGCACAUUUCAGGCUCCGGCGUCUGCUCAGCUGCGCCGUCCUGGGAUCCCCGCCGCCAGGUCUCUGCAGCUAGCGGUUCUGCCAGGGUCAAACGUUAGGCCCGCCCCCCGCGACCCCGCCGAGGACCGACCCCUGACUGCCCACCCGGGACCCCUUGCAGCCAGUUAGUUCUCUGGUCCCGGGGGUCCAGGAGCGGACGCGGCAUACCUGAGAGUAAUUUAAAUAGAAGUCCUCUUAAUCUAUUUGCAUAGAGGCGGGGCUUCUGGCGCCGAGCGACCAAGACACCCAAUCUCGUGGGACUUCCACCAAAGCCUUUAUUUGCAUGGGGCGGGGCCUGCCUCCGGGCGUGAAGCCCCGGGCUAUUUCCCCUGCCCCUUUCCGCGCGGCUUCUUUCCGCCUUCCUUCCACCUUCCUUCGGGCCCUGCUGCCUUCCGUCUGUCUUCGACCGGCACCGCCCGAGGCUUAGGCAUGAUGCUCCCCAGAAGGCGGCGGGCACGGGUCGAGGACACCGGCAACUUCUUCGAAGUGCACUUCCCUGGCGUAGCCAUCUACCUGGCGGAACCGCGCAUGGGCCGCAGCCGCCGGGCCUUCCUCACCCGCCUGGCACGGUCCAAGGGCUUCCACGUGCUGGACGCCUACAGCUCCGCAGUGACACAUGUGGUGAUGGAGCAGACUUCAGCUGAGGAGGCCAUCUGCUGGCAGGAGAGCAGGGCGGCCCUGGCCCCAGGCUGUGCCCGCCCAGCGCUGCUGGACAUCAGCUGGUUCACAGAGAGCAUGGCAGCCGGGCAGCCAGUCCCUGUGGAGAGCCGGCACUGCCUGGAGGAGGCUGUGCCUAGGAAGAGGCUGCCCGGCCCAGUGAGGAUGCCACCCUAUGCCUGCCAGCGCUCCACACCCCUCACACACCACAAUACCAGCCUCUGGGAGGCUCUGGAGGUGUUGGCAGAGGCAGCGGGCUUCGAGGGCAGGGAGGGCUGCCUCCUUGCCUUCUGUAGAGCGGCCUCCGUGCUAAAGGCACUGCCCUGCCAGGUCACAGCCCUGAGCCAGCUGCAGGGACUGCCCCACUUCGGAGAACAUUCCCGCAGGGUCGUCCAGGAGCUGCUGGACCGCGGAGUGUGUGAGGAGGUGGAGAGAGUCCGGCUCUCAGAAAGGUACCAGAGCAUGAAGCUCUUCACCCAGAUCUUCGGGGUUGGAGUACGGACUGCUGAUCGUUGGUACCGGGAAGGGCUGCGGACACUGGACGACAUCCAGGGGCAGGUGCAGAGACUGACUGAGCAGCAGAAAGCAGGACUCCAGCACCACCAGGACCUGUGCACGCCGGUCCAGCGGCCUGAUGCAGAGGCCCUGCAGCAGGUGGUGGAGACAGCCGUGGCACAGGCCCUUCCUGGGGCGACUGUCACGCUGGCUGGUGGCUUCCGGAGGGGGAAGUUGCAGGGCCACGACGUAGACUUGCUCAUUACCCACCCCCAGGAGGGCCAGGAGGCGGGGCUGCUGCCCAGAGUGCUAUGCUCCCUGAAGCAACAGGUGAGGGCUGCCCCUCCUGAGGGUGCUGCUGGGUCCUGCCCUCCCAGGGCUUGGACAGUACCCAUCAUGCUCCCCCCCCCGCCGCCCACCCCACAGGGCCUUGUCCUGUACCAGCAGCACCAGCUCAGCCGCAGCAGAGACCCCACCCACCUGACCCAGAGGAGUCACACCAUGGACACCUUUGAGCGGAGUUUCUGCAUUUUCCGCCUGCCAAGACCCCCAGGGGCUGCCUGGAAGGCUGUGCGUGUGGACCUGGUGGUGGCUCCCAUCAGCCAGUUCCCCUUUGCCCUGCUGGGCUGGACUGGCUCCAAGCAUUUUGAGCGGGAGCUUCGCCAAUUCAGCCGAAAGGAGAAGGGGCUAUGGCUGAACAGCCAUGGGCUGUUUGACCCUGAGCAGAAGACACUUUUCCGUGCAGCUGCAGAGGAAGACAUCUUCAGGCACCUGGGCCUUGCUUACCUUCCCCCAGAGCAGAGAAACGCCUGAGCCCCUCUGCCAGCCCUGUGACACUCUGGGAAAAGGGGCCACUCAGCCAGCCAGGCCCACGGAUGCCCCAAACCACUGUCUGCAGGCCAAAGACACUGCCCCAGCCCUCACCCUCCUGGGUGGAGCCUCCCAUGUUCACCUCGCUCCCUCGCACACGGCCCACCAGGACACAAUGAGGUGAGCCCACUGAGCAAACCAGGCUGUCUCCUGGAAGUGCUGCUGGGUGGGGCUGGCUGGUCUGCCCCAUACCUGUCGGUGAGCUGGGGCGUCAUUCGGGACUUGGGUAGAGGUUGCUCUGAGCCCGCAGAGCCGCUGAGGGGCACUGCCCCUCGGGCAGUCCGUGACCUGGGGUGCCUUUCCACUCAUUUGGAUCUCCCUUAGUUUUGCUGAUGUUUUACAGUUUUCAGAAUGUAAGUUUUGCAUCUCUGUUAAAUUUAUUCCCAAUUAUUUUAUUCUUUUGAUGUUACUUAAGUGGAAUUUUGUUCACUUUAUCUUCUGAUUGUUCACUGGUGGUGUGUAGGGAUACAGUUGAUUUUUGUAUUGUGGAAGCUUGGUGUAUGUUGUAUUAAAUAUAAUCAUCUCUUGAUGGAUUCCAUGUGACUCUGCACAUAGGGCUGUGCCCAGGUGGGCAGCGUGCAGGAGGAGGCACGUUUGUGCUCAGGCCCAAGUCUCAAGGUAGCGGCCAGCCCCUUGCUGGCCUCCUGGUAGGGGAGGGUAUGGUCACUGGGGCAGUGGGAUGGGAGGAGGGCGCAUCUGUGACUUGGUUUCCUCACAACCCCUGCCCCCAUAGCCCGUGUGCCCCAAAACUGAACGCAGAAGCCCUGGGCCUGGACCCAGCCUUGGCCUGUCUAUGUGCUAAGGUGGGCAUGCACCUGACAGCCAGCCCCUCUGAUGCUGGAGGCCUCUCAGGGGCACAAAUCUUUGAUUUCUUUUUCUUUCUAAAGAUGGUUUCAGCUGGAAGGGGCAAGCCUGGCUUGGGUGAAGGCAGGUAGGAUGGGAGAGUGGGACAGAUGUUGACAAGACCUGGACAAAGGGACCCAAGAGCAGAGAGGGGAUCCCUGCUCCCCUCUGGCCCAGGAAGCCAGGCCUCCAGCUCCCUGGUUGUCCUGGCAACACUCUGCCCUCCUUGGCCUCAGCCCUUUGUUCACACUGCCGCCUGCUUCCCUCCUGCAAGGCCACACCUCUCCCCAGGGCUGCAGCCCCCUGCUGCUCCCCUGUCCCAACUGGACUAGGGAGAUGCUGUUGGCAGCCCUUCUGAGCCCAGCUGCUGGCCACUGGCUCCCGCAGAGACUCCUCCUGUGGGUAGAGCUGGGGCACAGGGCCACAGGGCCACCACACACAGGGCCAGGGGAGGGGUCACACUCCUGAGGGAGCCCCUGUCCCGAUAUGUAGCCCCCACUCUCGGGUAAGCAGAACCACAGGAGUCACACAUGUAACACACACACACGCCCAUCCACACACAGGCAGAUACAAGUCCACAGACACACGUGCGCACACACAUCCCUUGACUCCACAUGUCUCCUCAUGGACAUGCAGGCUGAAUGAUGAGGAGAAAGCUGGCAUUAGUGCAUCGGGCCCCCUGGGAGGAGGGGUUGAUGGAGAUGGAGUCCCACACUUGGGGAGCCUUUCCCUGGUGAGCCCUCUGUACCUGCUAGCAUCCACCUCUCAGGCUCAUCGAGACCAGGACGUCUGCCCUUCCUGCCCAGCCUUGCCUGGCAACACCCCAGCCUGGGCUCGACUGAGGACUGGUGGCUAUGAGACUAUUUUAAGUCCCGCUCUCAGGCCAUCCUCCCCCAAAGGCUUUGCUACUGGCCACCUGCCGCCGCCUGUCGGGCCUGG